AUGUUAGGAAUUUUCUUAUUACGUCUUUUGAAUCUCGGUGGAGAAAACAAGUGGAACGAUUUAUCUUUGCACAAAAUCCAAUUCAUUAUGUGAAUUUUUCAUUAAACUGUGCUCGAAUUAACUUUCCAGGGUGCAUUGCAUGACAAACGACUCAAAAUAAACGCACACAAAACAUGUUGCAGUUUCUUAAAAAGUCUGCGGGGCGGAAGAAGUCGAACAGUGAAGAAAGCAAAUCUGCCGUCGCUGAUGUCAUCGACGGUGAUGUAGCGAAUGCGUGUUACCAUCAACACGAACCGGUUAGUGAUGACGAGGCCCUAGCAGAAGCUGAGCGAUUUUGUAUGCAGCACCAAUCAAACACGGCUGAGCAGAGGUCGCGGUUAUCACGGAACCUGUUGGAUAUCUUGGCCGAGCAGAGUUGUAUCUGUUAUUUCGUGCAGUUUCUUGAAACCAAGGAUGCUCUCCCCUUGAUAAAAUUCUGGCUUGACGUAGAGAGUUUCAAGGCCGCCGCCGCAGAAAGUUUGAAAUGGGAAGUAAAAAACGGGUUGUGCUCGAGAACGACCAGCCAUCAUCGCCCGCUUGAUCGGAGUAUCUCAUCCGAUGGGUACGACAGCUUAUCCUAUUUAAGUGCAGACUGUGAUACAAUAUCUACGUUCUCGGAAAAUGUGUUCGACGAUGCUGGAACGACGUCCACAAUUACAGAUGCAUCUGCAACGGAUGCGGAUAGUGAUCCAAGUCUAUAUCCUACAUCCGAAGUAAGUACUCCAAUUCCGCCUAUACCGUUGGAAGUAUUAGUGGAAGAAGAUAGAAAACCAGAAGGACCUUUAGCCGACGACGAUCGCCAAAGGAUGUUGGAAGUGUGCGAUUUGACGUUACGACAGUCACUCACGGAUGACGAAAAAACACAAAUUUUUGAAACGAACAAACUAAAAUUAGAAGAACCCAUUACAAAACCAACUAAUGGUUACAAUGCAGUAAUAAAUUCUGACGCUGUACGAAUCUAUCGAAAGUACCUGGUCAGCAACUCUCCUUACUACAUUGAAGUUCCAGCUACGGUACUGUCUAAUAUUUCACUUGCUCUCUGUGGUGGCACAUGCAGCGAGGGUAUCUUUGAAGAUGCCCAAAAGUAUCUGUUGGAGGUGCUGGAGAAAAACUACCUGAAUCUCUUUCUGGAAAGCGGAUUCUAUUGUAAAUACACGUUUGAGACACUUUCUAGUGAUAGUCUAACCCUGAAGGAGAUCCUGUGCAGUGAAAUGGCCUUGUUUUAUUUUAUGGAGUACUUGGAGCAAAAAGAUAAACGUCACAUUCUGGAGUUCUGCGUUUCAGCCAGCCACUUCCGCAAGAGUGCUGAAGCCAGUCAGGCUCAAGCCGAUGCACUUGUAUUAUACGAAAAGUACUUCUCGUUGCAAGCGUCAUGUCCGCUGUAUCUGAGUGAUAAAGUACGCUUCAUGAUAGAAGAACACAUUUGCUCUCAAGAUUUAACUACCAUUAAAGGCUGCUUUGAGUUCUCUUCGCGAAUUAUCGAACGUUUUCUGGAGAAGCGCUACUUUCAUGGGUUUUUGAAAUCUCAAUUGUAUACCAAUUACCUAUCCGAGCUUUUAGAGAAGAUAAAAAUCACACCUGUAGACAAACCUAUAAGCAGUAGCUUAGGAAUACUGGCAGGUUCUAAGCAAAUAUUUUCAUCAAACCGUACAAAAGCGACAAAUCAGAGACGUGGUCAUCGGAAGACUUAUUCUGAUGUAACUAACGACAGCACCAGAGGGUCUCGGCACUCACCAUUUAUUUCUUCACAAAAUACUCUACUGGCCAUGUCGGAUGUAAGUUUCAACCGGAAACGCUCUACUACGACCGGUGGUAAUGGAGCAUCAACUAGUAGCGAUAUGAUGCAAAUUGACUCACGUCAACUGUACAAUCCAGAUCUUUUGUGGAGGCGAAAUUCCACAUCGGGCUUAACGUUCGGUCGCGUGGAUGCCCUUGGACGUUACGAACGAGAUUUCGACUUAAUCGAACCCCCUCAAGACGAUGAUAAGUGGAGUAAAAAUCGCUUGAAGAAAGCAAUGCGAAAACUAGUUAAUCUACCAGAAGAUAAAGCGCAGGAGGAGCUAGCCUGGCAGGUGGCCGAAAUGAUUGUGAAGGACAUAACCAGCAUUACUAUGAGCGGAGGUAACACUGUUGCAGAUGUUGAUAACGUGUCGACGUGAUGCGGCUACAAAACUAGUUUGGUAGAACCAGGAGGUAUUUCAUUUCGUACGUAUUAUUUUUACAUUGUUUUGUUUAUAAAAGUUUAAAACACCAUCCUGCUUCUAUUUGUAUCGUAGGGAUAACAUUCAAAUGUUUAUUCAACCAUGUUAAUUUUAAUUAUUUUAUCUUUUGUUCUGAUAACUGUUUGAUAUAAUUAAAAAAAGAUAUAUAAAACUUUUGAUGUACAAUUUAUCGAUAUGAGUUAUAAUAAAACACCAGCAUUUAGAUAUUUAUUACAAUCGUUUACUUUGCGUCAUAACGUCUGUUGUUUACAUUGUCUAAUGGACACAUCUAGAACUGAAUGGUGCUUGAAUAAAUAAGAAAAAAUCAGUAAAACAUAUUCACUAUUGUAGCUUGAUUCGCGUGAGGUAGCAAUUCACGGUAAUAAAUUAACCAGGUAAAAAUCAUGGCGAUUUUCUCUCUCGAAUUUAGAACUUCAAUUAAUUCUCGAUUGUAAUCGUAUUUAACUCUGUGGUUGAUAACGAUUUAGGAAUUAUAGGUGUAGAAGUGACGCUGCUUCAUCAUAUCGGAGCAAGCAAUAUAGAAAGUGAGAUGAGAUGUUGAGCAGAAUGAAGUGCGUCGUUCAGAAUAUUUUGUACCCACUCGAAUAGUUACUGAUUGUCAAAUAAUUUAAACUUGAUGAGCUGGCUUAUUUAAUUAUGGUGACUUAUCUUCUUACAACAUUGUGUAAACAAAACAGAGAAGAAACGUGAAAUACAAGUUUAUUCAUAUCUUGAAA